CGCCCACCUCUUGAAAUUUAUUGUCAACAUUGGACUGGUUUUAGUGGUUUUAUGUUAACAAACAUAAUUUGAGUUAGAUAUAAUAGCGACUUAUCGUCAUUAAUCAUUUAUCAUUUACAUCAUUUAUGCAAGAGACAUGUCGAAUUCGUAAAAGUUUUCUGAAACUCCUGUGAUACGUAUAGCUCCUUUUAUUUAACAUGUUUGAAUCGCUGGCCGUCAGUAGUCGGCUCAUUACAAGAUGUGCUCACACACUUUUGAGAAGCCAAAGAUGCACAUUUCACUCAUCGUCGGUCAGUCGGGCCAUUUACGAGAAAGACGACAAAGGAGGAUUCAGAAAAGACGGAGAUUUAAAGUUCCCGAGUCGCACUGAAAUGAUCCGGGACGGCUUCAAACAGCUCAAAACUGAAAUCAUGUUGUGGAAGGACGAAGUUAAGGAAAAACUGUCCAUGGAUCCGUUGGCCUUCGCUCGAAAAGGUGAGGUGGAUUGCCUGUGGGAUUUCAAAGACCCAGAAACUCUUAAGAAAUUUCAACUCGCGUCGGAUAAAGACCACAACCAUGGCUACAGCACCUGCGAGCUGAAAAUGAGUCCGGCUGGCAAAGGCUUGUUCACUGGGUACAUCGACGCAACAGUCCCUAAGGAUGGAAUCGUUCAAUCAUCCGGCUACUGUUCAAUGAGAUCCUACAGAGCCAGAAAAUCAUUCAAAAGAGACAGCUACUUAAAUUGGUCGAUGUAUAACACAUUGGUGAUCAGGGUGCGAGGAGACGGUCGAAGCUACCAAUUGAACAUCGGAAACGCUGGAUACUAUGAUCUUAUGUGGAAUGACGUUUUUACAUUUGUUCUUUACACCCGAGGAGGUCCUUAUUGGCAAUUAACCAAAAUCCCAUUUUCGAAAUUCUUCUUCACCAGCAAAGGACGAAUCCAGGACAAGCAAAGACCUAUAAAUUUAGAAAUGGUGUCGCAUUUUGGAAUCACGGCCACCGAUACAGCAAAUGGAGACUUCAGUUUAGAAAUAGAUUACAUCGGCUUAGAGUUUGAUCCAGAACACACAGAAGAGUUUGCUUACGAGACUUACAAACACGAUAAUUACAUUGUUGGAAACUAAUAAACUGUUGAAAUUAAUUAAAUUCCGU